AUGCAGGUCUGCAGCCACCGGGCCUCUGUCCCGGACUUGGUAGUCCCGAAUGACUUUGAUUUUUUCCUUUUUGCAUUUCUGGUUUAUCUUAUGUCCUCUCCCCGCUUCCCCCAGGGCACCUUCUCUCUGAUUAUUGAGGCUCUCCACACAGAUUCUCCUGAUGACCUCACGACAGAAAACCCAGAAAGACUCAUCAGCCGCCUGGCCACCCAGAGGCACCUGACGGUUGGCGAGGAGUGGUCCCAGGACCUGCACAGCAGCGGCCGCACGGACCUCAAGUACUCCUACCGGUUUGUGUGUGACGAGCACUACUACGGGGACGGCUGCUCAGUCUUCUGCCGUCCCCGAGACGAUGCCUUCGGCCACUUCACCUGCGGAGAGAGAGGGGAGAAGGUCUGCAACCCUGGCUGGAAAGGCCAGUACUGCACAGAACCAAUCUGCUUGCCGGGGUGUGAUGAGCUGCAUGGGUUUUGUGACAAGCCAGGGGAGUGCAAGUGUCGAGUGGGCUGGCAGGGUCGGUACUGUGAUGAGUGCAUCCGAUACCCAGGCUGUCUCCAUGGCACCUGCCAGCAGCCCUGGCAGUGCAACUGCCAGGAAGGCUGGGGGGGCCUUUUCUGCAACCAGGACCUGAACUACUGCACGCACCAUAAGCCCUGCAAGAAUGGGGCCACCUGCACUAACACAGGGCAGGGCAGCUACACGUGCUCUUGUCGGCCUGGGUACACGGGCGCCACGUGUGAGCUGGAGGUAGACGAGUGUGAGGGCAGCCCCUGCAGAAAUGGGGGCAGCUGUACGGAUCUCGAGAACAGCUAUUCCUGUAUCUGUCCCCCUGGCUUCUAUGGCAAAGUCUGCGAGCUGAGCGCCAUGACCUGUGCAGAUGGCCCUUGCUUCAACGGGGGACGGUGCUCAGACAACCCCGAUGGGGGGUAUGCCUGCCGCUGCCCUGCGGGCUACUCUGGCUUCAACUGCGAGAAGAAAAUUGAUCGCUGCAGCCCUUCACCCUGUUCUAAUGGUGCCAAAUGUGUUGACCUCGGCGAUGCCUACCUGUGCCGCUGCCAGGCCGGCUUCUCUGGGCGGCACUGCGAUGACAACGUGGAUGACUGUGCCUCCUCCCCAUGUACCCAUGGGGGCACCUGUCGGGACGGCGUGAAUGACUACUCCUGCACCUGCCCCCCUGGCUAUGCGGGCAAAAACUGCAGCGCCCCCGUCCGCAGGUGCGAGCAGGCGCCCUGCCACAAUGGGGCCACCUGCCACGAGAGGGGCCACCGCUACGUGUGCGAGUGCGCCCGGGGCUACGGGGGCCCCAAUUGUCAGUUCCUGCUCCCCGAUCCGGCCCCCGGCCCCAUGGUGGUGGAUCUCACCGAGAAGCUGGAGGGGCAGGGCGGGCCGCUCCCCUGGGUGGCAGUGUGCGCCGGCGUCGUCCUGGUCCUCAUGCUGCUGCUGGGCUGCGCUGCUGUGGUGGUCUGCAUCCGGCUGAGGCUGCAGAAGCGCCGACCCCCUGCUGACCCCUCCCAUGGGGAGACGGAGACCAUGAACAACCUGGCCAACUGCCAGCGGGAGAAAGACAUCUCGGUCAGCGUCAUCGGGGCCACGCAGAUCAAGAACACCAAUAAGAAGGCAGACUUCCAUGGGGACCACAGCGCCGACAAGAACGGCUUCAAGGCCCGCUACCCGGCAGUGGACUAUAAUCUCGUACAGGACCUCAAGGGCGACGAAACCACUGUCAGGGAUGUACACAGCAAGCAUGAUGCCAAGUGCCAGCCCCAGGGCUCCGCAGGGGAGGAGAAGGUUACCCCGACCACACUCAGGGGUGGAGAAUCAUCUGAUAGAAAAAGGCCAGACUCUGUCUAUUCUACUUCAAAAGACACCAAGUACCAGUCGGUGUACGUCAUAUCGGAAAAGGACGAGUGUGUCAUAGCAACUGAGGUGUAAAGUGGAAGUGAUAUGGCAAAGUUCCCGUUUCUCUUAAGAUAAAUAAAAUUCCAAGGAUAUAUGCCCCCGUGAAUGCUGCUGAGAGAGGAAAGGGAGACCUCCGUGGACUGCUGCUGAGAAACUAACUCGGACCGAGCUGGUUCUCUUCCUGAAGUUAGCCAAGCGACUGCGCCGGCCCGGCCCGUGGGCUCUCGCCCAGCUGCGCCACCGACGCCGCUCCCUUGCACUACGGACAGUUGCUUUUACAGAGAAUAUAUUUAAGUGGACGGACUGAACUGCUACGUGCGGAGCAGGCACUGCCUGGAGUGUAUAUUUCAGAUUCUGAUGAGCCAGUCUUUUCUCGAAUUAGAAACACAAACACUGCCUUUAUUGUCCCUUUUGAUACUAAAAUGUGUUUUUUCUAGACAGAAAAAAAAAGUGUGUUAUUUUUUGGAUUUGUAAAAAUAUUUUUCAUGAUAUCUGUAAAGCUUGAGUAUUUUGUGAUGUUCAUUUUUUUAUAAUUUAAAUUUCGGUAAAUAUGUACAAAGGCACUUCGGGUCUAUGUGACUAUAUUUUUUUGUACAUAAAUGUAUUUAUGGAAUAUUGUGCAAAUGUUAUUUGAGUUUUUUACUGUUUUGUUAAUGAAGAAAUUUCUUUUUAAAAUAUUUUUCCAAAAUAAAUAUCAUGAAUGACAACCAGGA